AAUUCAAAUUUAAAUUUUGGUAUGUGUGUCAAAGUGGUUGGCCUUUAUCUUUUUGUGCGCUCUCCUACAAAACUCACAAAACUGAAUUCAGUAAGAAGUGUAAAUUAAACCUCACUUGUUGUCAGUGGAAGUUUUUGGUUGUUGGAGUAAGAGUUAACAUGUUUUGCAAAAUCUGGCUAUAUGUUACAUUUGUUCUUAUAAUUUAUUUUCGUCUGAUUUGUAACUCCGAAACUACUGAAGUUCAAAAGUUAAAGACCCUUUCUAAUUUUCUGAAAAACUCGUGUCAGUGUUCAUCCCAGUGGCAAUGUGAGUGUUGUUCCAACAUCGAUAAAGAUCGUUUGAAUUUCCAUCAGAAGUUGUGUCUCGAUUGGAACGUUGCUUCUCGAACCUGGAUCAUAAAUGUGAAUAUUCGCCUCAACGAUAGAAUUUUGUAUGCUAACGAGUUUCCAGCCUGGAAUAUACCACCAUUUUGUUUUCCCAUAAGUGCUCCCCUGGCCUUAAGUGGAUGCCUACAAGUCCAUAGUUUGGGCCAUCACAAUUUUAACACGUUGCACGCAUGCGGUAAUGUGACACUUAACGUCAUAACAUUUAACCUUAUCAACUGGCCACUUGGCUGUGUGGAUGUUGGUACUUCGGGCAUACAAAUGGUCGAACCAGACCAUGAUGUCUAUAAGGCGAUUGUGGAAAGCAACUCCGGGAAUUAAUUUUUGCAUUAUUCGAUUUGAGUAAAAAUAAGUUUCUUCACACGCACAUUAAUUCGUAAAUUUAUUUCUCUAAGAUAUGAACGUUCUUUCUGCAAAAGCGGUGGAUUAAUCGUUGUUAAGAAAUAACUUUGACAGCCAUUUCGGAGAGGAGAUGACAAAGCUCGAAAAGUCGAA